GGCAAAAAUAAAUCAAAAUCUUUCUCAUUUUUUUGUUGACUUUCCUUUCUCCUUCUUUUUCCCCCUUUACUUCUCUCAUCAUCUUUACUUUAUUACACGCUCAGUAACUUCACAUUUAAGCAGAAGAUGAGCCCGUCUACAGCCAAUCAUACCGAUAUCCCAAUGAAUCGUAAAGAUAUGGAUGAAGCUGAAGAGCCUUUCUUACCGCCACCUGCUUCAGCACAACAAGCUAAAGUUGAAAAGCAACAUCCUGUCUCCCUCAUCGCAGCUGUAGUCACCUUUUAUUUUAUUAUUUCACUUUCUGUUGUCUUUUUGAACAAGAUCAUCAUGAGUGGCUCUUCAGAUUUCCCCUAUGCUCUGUUUGUGACCUGGUAUCAAUUAGUUGUCGCCUUGGUGCUGUUGUUGGUUUGGGCUCAUCUCGGUAAAACUAACCAAUUGUUCAGUAUUAUUCCACCUUAUGAAUUCGAUACAAACGUAGCGAAGAGAGUUGCACCUUUGACUUUUAUAUACGUUGGUAUGUUGGCUCUGAACAAUUUGUGCUUAAAAUAUGUCGAAGUUACAUUCUACCAGGUUGCUCGUUCUUUAUCCAUCAACUUCUCCAUUUUGUUCACUUAUGUCAUCUUGAAGAAGAAAACUUCUCGACCAGCUCUGUUUGCUUGCUUCGUCGUAUUUUUAGGUUUCCUUAUUGGUUCUUAUGGUGAGAUCAACUUUUCUUGGGCUGGUGUAUUUUAUGGCGUCGGUUCUUCUGCUUUCGUUGCACUUUAUGGUAUCUUUGUACAAAAGACAUUACCUGCUGUUGACAAUAACCAAUGGAAAUUGCUCCACUAUAACACUACCCUCGCCAUUAUCUUCUUGUCACCUUUGGUCAUUGUUUCUGGUGAAUUAGGUGAAAUUAUCACAACUUCUGAACAGAUUUACUCGCUCAACUUCUGGAUUUUGAUGACAAUCACCGGUAUUACUGGCUUUGGUAUUAAUAUUGCUAUGUUUUUACAAGUCAAAUACACCUCCGCUUUAACAAAUACCAUCAGUGGUACAGCAAAGUCUUGUGUUCAAACUAUUUUAGCAGCAAUGAUCUUCCAAAACGAAAUCUCAGGCUUAAACGCCUUGGGUAUCUUUUUGGCCCUCUUUGGUUCCAGUUACUAUGGCUGGGUCCGUUAUCAAGAAAGAAUAGCUAGAUCAUAGGGGAGAGAAACUACACAAAGACUUCUAUUUUCUCCUUCAUUUGUAAUAUUCCCAUUUCCAAAACUUUUGUUUUCAUAUGCUACUCUCUUUGCCGACCUCAUUUAAUUUAACCAUUACUGUUUAUCUCCAUCCUGCUUUUACCAAUAAAUCAUCAAUAAUUUUUAGAAUGUUCA